GGAUGUAAUUGUCGAUGAUAAAGAGAAGAUUGCUUCACAAGAUUCGUUUUUAACGCAGGGAGAUUACGACACCUUUUCUCUUCAGGCGGAUCUCUCGCAAUAUCUACAAAACUUUGUCCCUAAUGAUCUCCAGCAGCAUAGAACAGAAGGACAACAAAAACAAUUUGAAUUGGAAAACAGCAAGCAAAACCGUCAAGAUGAAAAAGUUGUUCUGGAAAAAUUGAACAGAUCAGCUCAAAGUGCCACURGUGUUAACAUACAAUAUCCAMGGCUUUCUUACAUAUCGUUAGAAGAGCAAAAAGCUUUGGUGGAGAAGUAUGAGAAAGAAUUAAACGGAAUAGAUGAAAGUUGGGAAUGUAACAGCCAUAUAAGUUCCAUAAAGGAAUUAAAGGCAAGAGUUUUUUCAGAACAGCAAGAGUUUCAACAUUUUGCUUACCAGCAUGYCCGCAACAAUAUAGAUAUCCUUAAUGGUAUACCUGAAGAUGUCAAGAAAUACUUUCAGGCCAGUCAGUUACUUAAGACUAGACAGAUUAAAGACCACAUGGAACAGUUCUACAACCUACAACAGACUAUUGGACUUUCAGUUGGAGCACAUUUCAGAAAUAAUUCUUGGUUGGAAUUUCAAGAAAUCCUAUUACAAACGGGAGAUGUUCCAAAAAUUGAGAAACCAACAGAAAGAUUUCAUAUUUCCUUUGAUGACAUGGUAAAGACGGUCUCACAGGAUACUGGCACAAAUGAUCACCUUCCGCUUCAUAAAGACCCAGCUGCUUUAAGUUUAGCUCGAGAGCAUACAGCACAUUUUGUAACUACCUCAAGCAGUUUGACAACUUUGUUUGAUAAUGAACAACAAGAACAAGCAUGGAACAUACCAGUAUUUGUACUUCAGCCAGGUGAAGAAAUCAAGGGCACCGAUGUUAACAAUAAAAAAAUCGUUUUUCUUGAGAAACCUUUGCCUAAAACAGACUACACACCACAGCAAGUUAUGSGCAGCGUUUACAAAAGAGCUUUGAUUAAACAUUUGAAAACAGGCGAAGAAAAACAAACAAAAAACUUCGUUUACUCCAAGUGGAAAUUUGGAAAAUUUACUGUACUUCUCCGUAGUAAGUUGGAUGCUUACAUAACUGACGACAAAACUCACCACCAAACCUUUCUUUCKGUUGUUGCAAAGCCAGAAUACUUCUCGUUCUUUGGUUAUGAAAGGUUUUCGGYUAACGAAACRGCGAAAUGGUGGUUGAAAUCGUUGAUUAGACCAAACACAUUGGUUCUAUGUGCUCGAAUUGAUACUAAAAGUCAUGACGUUCUGAGGAUGGACGAGUUGAACCCAGCUGACAUUUUAACGUGUGGAUCUGGCUUCAACCCAGGUCAAAGAAUGAAAACGAUUUAUCAAGUACUAUGUAUAUUGAGUGAAGUUCCUUGUGAUCCGUAUGUUCUGUCACACCAAAGUGGAUCUCYUCAUUGUUGCUUGUACAGAAAAGCUAUGCAAAGUGUUACUGCAAAGAAGCCAGAUAUCGACCUGUAUGGAAGAUGCAAUCGACCAACCUCAAUAAGAGCCUUCAAUACAAGUAAUGUCACAUGGUCUGGUCUUGAUACUGAGAUAUUUCUAACCCACCAUAUAARACAAAAACUAAUUCCCGCCACAUUUCCUGCUGUACCACACUCGGUACUUCAAAACAUCAGCAAAAAAACAGAAAUUCAGUGGAAUCAGAACAUUUCUCGCUGUCAAAAAAAGAAAAAGAAGAAGAAGAAGAAAGCGAGGCAGCAAAGACAAUCGACUAAUUACYACAACRUCCCACCAGCCAUCAGUCAAGRCAGCACUCCAGCUGCCAUUAGUCGGUCGCAAAGGAGAAAUCGUUCUCGUCGUUAUCACGACUUCGAUGCCAUGAACUAARAAUUCAGUUAUUAAAUUAUAUCAUGAUGCGGUUGAAAAUUAAAUCAAUAAAACAGUAACGAAAGCCUUUCUGCUUCUCUACUUCAUAGUAACAUGUCUUAAUCGGCCUGGGUAGCAUUAGCUUUUGUUCU